AUGUAUUCCGAUAACGGAACUACCUUUGUCGGAGCUGACCGUGAGUUGCGCAGCGCUUAUCGAGCUGCUCUCCAUGAUACGGAUUUUCAGAACGCGACGGCCAGUGAUAAUAUCACAUGGCAUUUUAUCCCAGCCGCAGCUCCACAUUUCGGAGGAAUGUGGGAGGCGGGAGUUCGUAGUCUCAAGCAUCACUUGCGCCGCGUUCUGAAAGAUCAUACUCUCGGCUUUGAGGAGUUUACAACUCUACUCUAUCGGGUUGAAGCGUGCUUAAAUUCUCGUCCUAUUGCGCCUCUGAACGACACUCUCGAUAGUUAUGAACCGUUGACGCCGGGUCAUUUCUUGAUCGGAUCCGCAAUAACUGCAAACCCUGAGCCCUCACUGCUCGAUGUGAAAGAAAACCGUCUCACUCGAUGGCAGCUUAUUCGGCAACUCUCGGAGCGAUUUUGGAAAUUAUGGGCUCAGGAUUAUGUUAAUACGCUUCAGCAAAGGAGUAAGUGGCGACGGAUUCAGACGCCGAUCAGGGAAGGACAGUUCGUCCUCCUUCGCAAUCCCGCAUUGCCUACGUGCAAAUGGGAGUUGGGAAGAGUGACUAGGUGUCAUCCCGGACGAGAUGGGUUGCCGCGUGUCGUUACCGUCAAAACGGCAACCGCGGAAUACUUGCGACCGAUUGUCAAGAUCUGCGUGCUCUCGAUUGAGGGCGAAUCGGAUACGUCUUAA